UUUCACUUUUGAUGUUAGGUGGUAGAACAAAGAGAACCAAUCGCUGUGGCUUAGAAGCAAGAGUUCGAAAACUAUAAGUUACCUGCAGUCGCACUAUUGGUUCAGCAUGUUAGAGCUGGGUAUUGGAUAUUGGGUUAGGUGUUAGAAUCAUGUAUACUCAAGGGGAAAAUUAUUUAAUAAAUAACCGCGUCUACCAAAACCGUAGAAACCUAGCGAUGUUUUGAAAUUACUAGAGGAUUGUAUCUGCGUUAGUUUGUGAUUUUCUCGAAAUGGAAUCUUGUGUAUUCGAUAAAGACAAGGUUUGGAAUCAGCCACUUAAUCUUCCGGUCAGUCAAGACUAUAGUGAAAACUAUGAAACAGACUCAGAAUUCACGGAUACUCAAGAGAAAAUGGAUUCUAAGGUCUAUAAGUUAUCAGAGAUGAACAAUAAAUCGCAGAAAUACAAUCAGAAUAAACAAAUCAAUAAAACCCAUUCUUCUUUACCAAAAAGAACAAAUUCUUCCAACAAAUCAAAACUACCUCAAUAUUCUACAACAACUACAACAACAAGUACCCAGUCAAAAUUCAAUCAUCUAUCAUCAAAGAAAUUACAUAAUUUAAACAAAAGUGUAUCAUCAGGUUUAAUAGAAAUGUGGGAAUCAAAUCAAUUAGCACUAGCUGAUGCAAACAGUUUAAUUGUACAAUUGAAUAAACAAUUGAAAGAGUGUAAAUUAGAGUUGAAAACAUUGCAAAGACAGUAUAAAAUGCAAGCUGUACGAUUAGAUAAAGCAAUUGGACAAGAAGCUGAUAUGCCACAGAUUGUAGAUCGUUUAACUGCAGAAGUUCGUACAUUACAAAUACGAUUACGUGAAAAAACUACACAGUCGAGUACAGAUCAAAGAAAAAUCAGUGAAUUGUAUCAUCGUAUUUAUAUAUUGGAAAAAAUGUAUGAUGAAAGACAAAGUCAAUCUCAGUACUGUGAUGAUGGAUCAUCAGUAUCACGUAAACGAAGUAAUAAAACUGGUGACUUAUCAAAUGAAUUAGAAGAAGAGAAGAAAAAGAAUUUGAAAUUAAAGCAUGAAUUAGCUGUACUAACAAAAAAUUAUAAGCAACAAAUAAAUAUCACAGAUGAAAAACUUCGAUGUCUACGUCAAAGAUGCCAAAAUUUAGAAAAUAGUCUCCAACAGAAAACUCAACAACUUCAGGAGAAAUCAAAACUGCUAGAACUGCAAAAUGUUUAUAGUCAUCGUAUUCCAAGGAGUGCUAUUCAUCCUUCCCAUUUACCGACGACGUAUACAACCGGUGAUGAAGAGGAUAAUGAUGGUCACAUGAUGAAAUAUGUCAACGAUAAGUCAUUACCUUCAAAUAAGUACCCUAAUGUUGCUGCUACUGCUAGUGGUGGUAGUGGACGUGGAUGUAUCCUACCAAAAUUAAGUAUAAACUCUUUUAAAGAUAAUAACGACUUUACUCGUAAAGGAAGGAAGGAAGAUACCAGAAAUCAAGAAACUGUAGACAUUUCAUUAUCUUCUCAAACUGUUGAAGAAAUAAAAACACCGAAAUUGAAAUCAAAAUCCACUCAGUUAGAAUUACAUCAAAUGGUGAAUGAAACACGACAAAAUUUGUCUGAUAGUUUUGGAAUGCAUAGUAAAAAUAAAAAGUUGAAUUGUGAACUUGCUACUCCUUCUCAUUCAAUGGAUGAACAUAUUUCAGAUGAGAAUAAAGAAAAUUCGUGUAAUGAGCUUUCUGGACAGAAACAUGUUGAAAUCCCCUGUGAAAAAUCUGAGAAAUACUCAGCAACAGAAAAUCCCACAUGUACAAUUAUUCCCGAAAAUCAAUUGAAAUUGAAUACAGAAAGCCAUAAGCACAUAAAUUCAAUAAACGGUGACAAUAUACAAUUAAAUAAAGAAAAUAAAAUUGCAACCUAUACAGAGACAGUCAAGUUAAGUCAACACUUUGAACAAGAAUAUACUCCACUUAUUACCAGUGAAAAUGAAGUACCUAUCGAUACGUGUAAAUCUGUUCAUGAAAAGGAAAUACUCAAUCCAGUUCCAAUUAACUUACAAUACAAUAAAUAUGGAUUAACUGAACGUGGUUCAGUAAACACAGAAGAAACUGGUCACAGAGAUAACCAAGAGAACAAUCGUAAAGAUGAUAGCAUAGAUUUAAAGCAAAAGGAAAUAACAGAUACCCAUGAAGAGGAAAAAAGGCAUAAACUUCAUCUUCUACAAGUACUUCAACAAGUUGAUAAAGAAGAGGAAGAAAAGGCUAAACAAAAGCAAUGCCUGAAUCCACCUAAUUCGAAUUCACAUCAGCUUCCUGGAAGCGCCAAUUUAACCAAAACUACAAGUUUUGGAAAAGCACGAGAAGAAGAACUUUGGAAUGAUUUAUUUGGACCGAAAAAAGAUAAAAACACUGAAGUUGAGUCGACGACAGAUUCACAUAAAGGUCAUAAUGGAGAAGAUAUACCGAUAAUUCACAGCGAAACUAAUAAUCACAUCAAUGAAACAAAUAACCAUAAUAACAAUCAACUUAAAUCUUUACCUUCAAACGAUUCAUCAUGGUUAUCAUCGAAUAGAACAAUGAAACAAAGAAGUGGGUUCAAUGGUAUCAACAGACCGAAUACAUUCACCUUUAUAAGUUCAAAGAAUGAUGUUGAAAGAAAACAUUUUGAUAAUCAACAAAAUUUAAGGAAACAACUGAUUAAUGUAACUUCUCAUAUAAAUGCUUAUGAUGAUUCUGAACUUGAAGAAUUACAAAUUUGAAACUGAUAACUUUUAAUACCUAUAGGUUAGUUAUCACUUACGUAUACAUGAGUGUGUUCUUGUGUUUAUUUGCUCAAAGAAGAAUAGUUGUUGAAAGAAAUCUGUCGAUUGUCUUUGAAUACAAAACCAGUAUUAUCAAAUAAAAUUUCUAAUAGG